GGGCAGGGCCGUUGCAAUCGCGACUUUCCUCAAUUAGAAAGGGGAGCUGCCAUGUCGUCUGUUUUCGCCCAGGGCACUGGGGCACAGGCUUUCUGCAGUGCUGAGCAACGCAGGACCACGCACCUUGCCCAUGGAGCAGCCUUCACCGGGCGCCCUUUGCUGCCAGUGCAUGUGCAAUUGCCUAGAAGAGUAAGGAGCAUUGAAAAGCCGCAGGCAAUUGCAGCCAAGCCGGCUCCAGUCGAAGCUCCUGUGAAGUCAUCCAAAGUUGCCACCAGCAAGGCUGACUUGUCUCCAGAGGUCGCUGCUGAUCUUUAUCGCGACAUGUUCUUGGGGAGAGAAUUCGAGGAGAUGUGUGCUCAAAUGUACUACCGAGGCAAGAUGUUUGGUUUUGUCCAUUUAUACUCAGGCCAGGAGGCAGUGUCAACUGGCGUCAUUCGCAACCUGCGCGCGGACGACUACAUCUGUUCAACCUACCGUGAUCACGUGCACGCCCUGAGCAAGAAUGUGCCCCCUCGGGAGAUCAUGGCCGAGCUGUUUGGCAAGAAGACAGGCAUCUGCAGGGGCCAGGGUGGCUCCAUGCACAUGUUCUCUGCCAAGCACAACCUGCUGGGAGGUUAUGCAUUCAUUGGCGAGGGAAUUCCCAUUGGGCUAGGAGCAGCUUUUCAGGUCCGCUACAGGAGGGAAGUUCUGGGAGAUGAGACUGCUGACCAGGUCUGCUGCAGCUUCUUCGGUGAUGGCACCUGCAAUGUUGGCCAGUUCUACGAGUGCCUCAAUAUGGCCAGCCUCUACAAGCUGCCGGUCAUUUUUGUAGUGGAGAACAACAAGUGGGCCAUCGGCAUGUACCACCCGCGCGCCACAGGGCCCUCCGCCGGCGAUGACGACCCGUACAUCUACAAGAAGGGCCCCGCCUUUGGCAUGCCCGGCGUCCUCGUGGACGGCAUGGACGUGCGCAAGGUGCGUGAGGUGGCGGCCGAGGCGAUUGCGCGCGCGCGGCGCGGCGACGGCCCGACGCUGAUCGAGGCGGAGACGUACCGCUUCCGCGGCCACUCCCUGGCCGACCCGGAUGAGCUGAGAAAGAAGGAGGAGAAGGAGCACUACCAGGCGCGCGACCCCAUCCCGCAGCUAAAGAAGUACAUUAUGGAGGCGGGCCUGCUGUCGGAGGGGCAGAUCAAGGACAUUGAGAAGGACGUCAUUGAGAUCGUGGACGAAGCCGUCAAGUUUGCCGACGAGAGUCCCAAGCCGGUGCGCGGGCAGCUGCUGGAGAAUGUGUUUGCCGACCCCAAGGGCUUUGGCAUCGCGCCCGACGGCCGCUACCGCUACGAACUGCCCGGCUUCUCAGCCGGUACCGCUGUCGUCUCAUAG